AGCCCAUUUGGGCUUUCAUCAGGAUCUCUUCCAUGGAGCUUCCUGCCCCCUGAACCUGUCCCCCAGCGGGGUGGAGAGAUUCGGGGCGCAGUUCGGGGCGCAUUUCGCACCUGGGAAUGCAGCGGUGGUUCAUAUUCGCGGCAGGUGUGGCGGUCCACGCCGCCGAGCCGCGCGAGUUCCGCGCCCGGCAGCUGCGAAAGCUGCCACACGAGGGCGCACCCUUCACGCAGGGCCUGGAGUUGUUCGAUGAUGACACUCUCAUAGAGACGAGCGGUUCAUAUCCACCUGGUACGGCCUCCUUCAUUCGGCUCGUGGACCUUCACACUGGGCGAGCCAAGCGCAGCGACUCCAGUGGCCUCACCAAUCAUUUUGCAGAAGGCGUGGCAAAGGUGGAAGAUGGCUGGAUGGUGAUCACCUAUGACACCUACAAGGCACUGAAGUUUGCACCAGACUUGCAGCUCCUGGAGAAGAAAGACUAUCCUUGGGAAGGAUGGGGCUUUGCACACGCCGGAGACAAGUUCUUCGCAACGGACGGCACGGAGAAGAUGAUGCGGCUGAGCAGCGAAUCUUUGGCCUUGGAGGAGGCCAAGCCCGUGACUUGCAUGGGUGCGAAGGUCGCCGGAAUGAACGAACUGGAGUAUGUGGAGGACUUCGCAGACUUGGGCCCCGUGCUCUUCGGGAACCUCUACAGGAGCCGCUGGGUGUUGGGCAUUGAUCCCAAGACUUAUGAAUGCACCUGCUUCUUCAGCCUGGAUGGCCUUGGGGAUCAAUUAGGGCAGGAGAAGUUGGGCUUCCACGUGGCCAAUGGUAUCGCCUACAUGCCGAAGAGCAAAACAUUUAUGGUGACUGGGAAGAACUGGGAGGAGAUGUUUGAGAUCCUUCCAAGGCCUCGUGAGCGCUCGUCGGCCGGUGGGGCGGCACUACGGCAUUGGAUUCAAAGCCAGGAACAGGUGUCCCUGCUGGAGAUGCCUAGGUCGCAGCUGCCUCGCUCCCCUCGCUUGCUCCGCAAUCCGCGCACCUCACGCCUGGACGUCGAUGAAGGACGGUGAG